AUGCCACAGACGCGACAAACGAACCAUGUUCUGCGCACCUUGCGACCGGCCGUUCUGGCAUUAGGACGAGUCCUCGCCCUUGGAUACUCGGCCGUAACCGCCGCCCCGACUUCGAUCCGGACUCGAGACCUACACGAUGACGAGCCUGAAGCCGAAGGCAGCGCCCUCUGGGUGCUCUACAUUGUAUCCAUGGUAUUGGUCUUGCUGGGUGGUGCCUUCGCCGGGCUUACAAUCGCGUUGAUGGGACAGGACAGCAUUUACCUCCAAGUUAUUGCGCAGGAUCGCGAGGAGCCACAGCGUAAGAACGCUAAGCGUGUUUACGACCUGCUCCAGAAAGGAAAGCAUUGGGUUCUGGUAACACUACUCUUGUCCAACGUCAUCGUCAAUGAAACCCUGCCCGUCGUGCUGGACCGGUGCUUUGGCGGUGGUGUGGCUGCUGUCGUUGGUAGCACAGUCUUGAUUGUCAUCUUCGGCGAAGUCCUACCUCAAUCUGUCUGUGUCCGAUAUGGUCUCCAAAUCGGUGGUUACAUGUCGAAGCCUGUUCUGUGUCUAAUGUGGGCUAUGUUUCCUGUAGCAUGGCCCACGGCAAAACUCCUUGAUUGGCUGCUGGGUGAAGAUCACGGUACAGUCUAUAAGAAGAGCGGGCUCAAGACGUUGGUCACACUUCAUCAGUCAUUGGGUGAAGUCAACGAAAGACUUAAUGAAGAUGAAGUCACCAUAAUUAGUGCCGUCCUGGACCUCAAGAGGAAACCUGUCGAGGAAGUUAUGACUCCCAUGGAAGACGUGUUGAUUCUCUCCGAGGAAACUAUUCUGGACGAGGAGAUAACAGCGCUCGUUUCUGAGGCGGGCUUUUCUCGAAUCCCUAUCCAUAAGGCGGGAAACAGAAGGGAUUUCGUAGGCAUGCUGCUUGUCAAAAUGCUCAUCACAUACGACCCAGAAGACGCGAAACGGGUCAGAGACUUCGCCUUGGCCGCCUUACCUGAAACCCGCCCCGAAACCAGUUGCUUGGAUAUCCUCAACUUCUUCCAAGAGGGUAAGUCUCAUAUGGUUUUGAUUUCUGAAAAUCCCGGCGAGGACUAUGGAGCCCUGGGCGUCGUGACUCUCGAGGACGUUAUUGAAGAGCUUAUUGGAGAGGAAAUCAUUGACGAGUCGGAUGUGUAUGUGGAUGUACACAAGGCAAUCCGCCGCACCCAUCCUGCACCUAAGGCUCGUGUUCAGCGUAAAGACGUUAUGGUCAAGGAUGCUGCUAUCAAAGAUGGCAAACUUGUUGACCUAGACGAGGACGAUGAUGAAGAAAGCCAGCGCUUACGACUGAGCCGUACUGCUUCCGCGACCGGCAGAAAUCAAUCGCCUUCGAUCCUCUCCAGUAGCCCAAGGACCACGUUAUUGAUGCGUAGGAGCUCUACUGGCCAAGACGGAAAACUGGUCCGUACCACCGUUCCUGUGAAGGCCAACUUCGAGCAAAUGAGAGGUCACCUCAAGCACCUCGGUCCGUCGAAUCCAGCAUCCAAUCCCAAGAGUACCAAAGUUUCUACCGUCAAAAUCAAGCCCGGUGGUGGAACUCAAACACGAUCCGGAUCAGUAGCCACAGAAGUGCAUGAUGCUGACGGCGCCAAUGAGCGUACAAGCCUGCUACGGCCGCCUCCCAAUGGAAAUGAGGGAAGUAAUGGCCACGUUCCAAGUUACACUUCGCCUUUACAAAACGCAACGCGUGCAGAACCGGAGACGCCGAAGCUGCUGAUUACUCCGAUCUCAGAUGGGAAGGGCGAGGAGACCUCUGCUCAGAUCAAACCUGCACUCAGCAGUGGAUCAUUGGACGGACCGUCCAAGAGUACUGCCUCUUCUUUGGCCAACACUGGUGUCUCAGGCGCCGAGCGACAACGGGUGAAGCGAGGAUAUGUGCGUAGUGGCAGCAUUACUGAGAUUGAAGUCAAUACGGGCGGCGUCCGCAAAUUUGUUCUUGAGGCUACGAGUUCCAGCGAUGAUGAAAACGGCGACAGUAACGAAAGUAGCCCUAUUUCUUCGUCACGGCCACUAGAGGACGUGCAAGAAGACGAUAGAUCAGAUGACACGGUCGGUCCGGAAAACACAGAACAAAAUAAUGGGCCGUCGAGUCAGGGUCAAUCUAAAAAGAAGAACCGUCGCAAGAAGAGAAAAGGUGGCAAAUAA